CAUCUGGAUCAACACAGCGGGCGGUAUGUCAUGGUUAAUAUGUAACACUCAGAGCACACUUGCACUUUGUUUCCCCAAAUAAUAGAUGAAACUUUCAGACGCAGUCUUGCCCCAGCUGAAUGGUUGUUCACCCAAACCUUCCCAGAAUUAUGGCAGUACACAAAAUGACGAUGGGAUUUAUUUUUAUUCUAACCUACAUGUGCUUCCUGACUCCUGUCCACCAAGCACAACGUGCAAAAAGUGGCACAAUCUCACAUCUUUCCUUCAAAAACAUGGACUUUGCCAUGAAGCUCUACAGAAAAAUAUCCACUUACCACGACAAGAACAUCUUUUUCUCACCUCUGAGUAUCUCUACCAGCUUUGCUGCCCUCUUAAUGGCUUCUGACGGCGUCACGCAUGAGGAGUUACUCAGGGGUCUCAACCUGGAGCAGCUGGAGAGGGCUGACCAGCCAGAACUUAUCCCACAACUUUUCCAACUCCUUAAUGAGAACAUCACACGGAAUGGAUCACUGAAACUGGACCAAAGCAUGGCCCUCUUCAUGCGCCAGCAAUUUCAGGUAGAGAAGCAAUUUGAAGAUCAGAUCAAGAAGUUUUUUGAUGCUGACAUCAAAACUGUAGACUUUGCAGACGCAAAAGGGACUGUCAAGGUCAUCAAUGAUUACAUCAAGCAAAAGACUGAGGACAAAGUGACAGAGGUGAUUUCUAGCCUGGAUGCACAGACCCAGCUCAUGCUGAUCAACACAAUCUUCUUCCAGGGAGCCUGGCAGCUGCCUUUCAACCCCAACUUCACUAGAAGUGCACCCUUCUACAUUGACAACUAUAAUAUUGUGCAAGUGCAGAUGAUGUUUAAAGAGGACAAGUUCUACACAUUGGAAGAUCCUACUCUUGGAGCCAAAAUGCUGAAGCUACCAUACCAGGAAGGUGUUUCCAUGCUCAUCUUGCUACCUAACAAAGACACAGACUACACUGUAAUUGAUGAUGAGAUCUCUGCUAGGAAGUUCCUCAACUGGGUUAGAAUGCUGCGAAAAAUGAAACUGGAGGUCAACAUGCCCAAAUUCAAAAUGGAGCAGUCAUAUUCCCUGCACAAUCUUCUGCCAGAUAUGGGCAUGGCCAGUAUCUUCAGUAAUGCAGCCAAUCUGACAAGGCUGAGUAAGAACUCAAGUAUCAAAGUGUCAGAGGUGCUGCACAAGGCUGUGAUUGAGGUAGAUGAGUUGGGGACCAUUGCAGCAGCUACAACAACAGUUGGCAUCAUUCCAUAUUCCUUACCCAGGACCUUCAUCAUUGACAGACCAUUUUUCUUCUUCAUAUACCAUGAAGAAACAAACUGCCUGUUGUUCAUGGGCAGGGUGAUAGACCCCACCAAAUGAAAUGCUUGUGCUGAUCUGUUCUGUGAAAGCCCACUUAUAGGUGACAAAUAUUAAUAAAGACUUUACAUUGA